AUGGCGAACCACUGUUCAAUUGGGGUUGACUUGGGUGACAUCUGGCAGUAUGACAAUGCUGCUCUACGAGCCAUAUCCUCAGCCGGGUAUACGCAUCGACAUGUCUCCAGUGCAAAUAUUAUGUUGACAGAAGCCAGGACCAAGGGGGUACUGAUAGAUUUCAGAUACGCCGAACAAUUCGUCGAAUUCUCUCAAUCUAAAAUAGACGACCAAGAUUUUCCAAUUGUAAAGAUUCAUCCUAUUGUCUACUAG